AUGUGUGAUGAAUUCCAGAAGAAGCUUAAGCAGUCUAUAUUCCUCGUCUUUGAGAGCGCUCUGGCAGAGGACAGAGACACUUCUCAGGAGUCUGACUCUGCUGUAGCUGUGCAGAGUAGUAGCACAGUUUUCACCAAACAGCUUCGCUGUGUCCAACGUUACCAACUGAUCACUCAUGAACUCCUGCAGAGGCAUCCCAGUGGCUCAUCUGGAGAAUGCAGCAAGGACACAGACAGUGGAUCUGAUGAUAACAGCACUGCAUCUGAACCACCUUCGGAUGAUGGGAUUAGAAGUGAAGUACGAACAGCCUAUCUGGUCAUCUACUGUGUGAUAUCGGUGGUUGGGAUGGUGGGCAACGGUCUAGUCAUCUACGUGACAGGCUUCAGGAUGAAGAGAACAGUCCACUCAAUUUGGUUUCUCAACUUGGCCCUGGCUGACUUCCUUUUUACAGCCUUCCUGAUUUUCUAUACCAUUAAUCUCUCUCAAGACUUCCACUGGACAUUUGGACUUUUCAUGUGCAAGCUCAACAACUUUGUGAGUGUUGUCAAUAUGUUUGCCAGUGUAUUUUUUCUGAUGGCCAUAAGUCUGGAUCGUUGCCUGUGCACCUGUGCAGUGGUAUGGGCACGAAACAAUCGUACUGUUUGCAAAGCUCAACUCGUAAGUGUUGUUAUCUGGUUGAUGGCUAUGAUCUGCAGCAUCCCUAAUGCCACUUUUCUUAAACUUGAGGAGUAUAAUGGGAAGACUGACUGUUACACAGACAUUACACAGACGUUGAUUCUUGAUAUUUUUCGGUUUAUUACGGCCUUCCUCAUCCCAUUCCUGGUAAUAACAGCAUCUUAUGUGACCAUAAGUGUUCGUACAAGGCGCCUGCAAAGUGAAAGGAAACAGAGAUCUCGUCGAAUCAUUCUCUCUGUCAUUCUUGCAUUCUUCGUGUGCUGGUUUCCCGAUCAUGUUUUGAGGUUUUUAGACUUCAGUACUCCUGAUAACCCAGACCUGGAAGUCAUUUUUGAACAUGGAUAUCUUCUGACUACGAGUCUGGCUUUUCUGAACAGCUGCCUGAACCCCAUUCUCUAUGUUUUCAUGUGUGAUGAAUUCCAGAAGAAGCUUAAGCAGUCUAUAUUCCUCGUCUUUGAGAGCGCUCUGGCAGAGGACAGAGACACUUCUCAGAAGUCUGACUCUGCUGUACCUGUGCAGAGUAGUAGCACAGGCACUUCUUUUAUCUUGACAGAAAGCAGAGUUGACGCAAUUGAGGAGAGAGAGAUACUGAGCACUGAAUAA